UCAACGAGGAGAUCGAGAGGCGUCUGCGCCGCGAGGAGAAGGAGUCCAGACGGGAAUACAAGCUGCUGCUGCUCGCUGGUGGAAGUGGACUGCAGCUGUAAACAUCAGCGAAGGAGAUGGAACCCAGGGGAGGAAGACGCGGGUCCCUGCAGCAGCUCUCGGGUUUUGAAGUGUGACCAGUGAGAAAGUGAAAUGGUUCCACGUUCGCGUGACUUAAACGCCUCGCGGUCGUUCCCCCCGCGGCGUGCUGGUGGCCAGGAACUGGCGAGAGCGGGAAGAGCACCUUCAUCAAGCAGAUGAGGAUCAUCCACGGCCGCGGCUACUCCGCCGACGAGAAGGCCGGCUUCGCCAGGCUCGUCCGCCAGAACGUCCUCGCGGCCAUGCAGGCCCUGAUCCGGGCCAUGGACUCCCUAGGGAUCCCCUACCAGCGGGACCGCAGCCAGGCCGACGCCAGGAUGCUCCUGGCCGUGGACGCCGUCAGCGUGGCGGCCCUAACGGACUCCCAGGCGGACGCCGUCCGCGGCCUGUGGGGCGACCCGGGGGUCCAGCGGUGCUUCGGUCUGAAGAGGAAGUACCAGCUGUCGGACUCGGCUAAGUACUUUCUGGACGAUGUGCAGCGAAUAUCUGACGCUUCCUACAUGCCGACCGAGCAGGACGUCCUGAGGGUCCGGGUGCCCACAACGGGGGUCACAGAGUACCCCUUCGACAUGGAGGGUGCGGUGUUCAGGAUGGUGGAUGUGGGCGGCCAGCGGUCCGAGAGGAGGAAGUGGAUUCACUGUUUUGAGGAGGUCACUUCCGUCCUGUUCCUGGCGGCAAUCAGCGAGUACGACGAGGUCCUCCUCGAGUCCGUCCGUGAGAACCGCCUGGAGGAGAGCCUGGCUCUGUUCUGGGUCAUCAUCACCACAAAGUGGCUGCAACAGGCCUCCGUCAUCUUGUUUCUCAACAAGAUGGAUCUGCUGGAGGAGAAGAUCCUGCACUCGCACUUGGCCGACUACUUUCCCGAGUACGAUGGUCCCCGGCGGGACGUCGAAGCGGCGCAAGAAUUCAUCCUGGAAAAGUUUGUCGGCCUCAAUCCCCGCGAGGACACCGUGAUCACCUCCCACUUCACCUGCGCCACGGACACCGACAACAUCCGCUUCAUCUUCAGGGCGGUGAAGAACCACAUCUUCUUCAACUACGUGGACAACUUCAGGCUCAUCUAGGAGGCGACGGGGAGGAGUGGAGCGGACACUCGCUCGGCGAUGAAGACAAUAGCCGACAGCUUUGGUGACACCGCAGGCCAAUGAGGGACUUGCUAACUGCACGCCGACACCGUGGCGACCAUCAUUACUGGAUGACACGACCUCUGUGAUGACCUUUUAAUGACGUUUCUGCUUCCAAUGGUUCUAUGUGAAGCACUUGAAUGCUGUACAAAUAAAAUGGCCGCGCCUGUGAAUCACA